AUGGAGGCUGUAUUGGAAUUCCUCCUGCACAGAAGAGGAAGCGGCCGCGGAGGAGGAGCCAGGAGGCGCCCCCCCCAGGACCCCUCCUCCGCCUCCCCCCUCAGCCUCCUCUCCCCUCGGCCCUUCCCGGGAAGCGGCAGGAGGAGGGCGAGGAACCCGUUCAAGGCGGAGGGGGCAGGCAAGGAGGCCCCGGGAAGGUUUUUAAAUGUUAUCCAAGAGGACAGGUCCACCCAGAAGGAAGACUAUUCUGAAAUACCUGCUGUUGAAUCAUUAGACCCCCCUUCUCUGGCCAUUUCCAACACUGACGUUCCCUCCUUUCCAAGUUAUGAAUUUCCUGCAGACUGGAGUAUUAAAACCCGUCUUUUGUUCACAUCGUCUCAAUCGUUUGCAUGGGCAGAUCAUAUAAAAGCACAAGAAGAAUCCCAAGGAUAUGUCCAACACUGUAGAGCAACAUUUAUAAACCUGCCUCAAAGUAUUCAGGAACCAAAACUCUCUACAGAACUCCGAUGUGCUUUCCAGCAAAGUCUUGUGUAUUGGCUUCAUCCUUUCCUCCCAUGGCUGCACCUGUUUCCUCGUAUUGGAGCAGAUAGGAAAAUGGCUGGAAAAAAUAAUCCUUUGUCCUGUGAUGAAGCUUUCCAACAAAUUCUCAUGAGUGAAUGGUCUCUCAGUUUUACCUCUCUGUAUAAUUUGUUGAGAGCCAAGCUAUGUCCCUAUUUCUAUGUUUGCACUUACCAGUUUACUGUGCUGUUCCGUGCAGCAGGACUUGCUGGAAGUGAUGUGAUCACUGCGCUGAUUUCUCCUACAACCAGAGGCUUAAGGGAAGCCAUGAAAAAUGAAGGAAUUGAAUUUUAUAUGCCAUUUCAAGAAAUUAGAAAAAGAAAAUCAAACACUUCUACAUCCCAUGUAGAAUUAGGACUUGCUAAUGAUUCUGAAAGAACAGGCAAGGAUGCUGAGAAUGAAGAGGAACAACAGAUUGGUGAUGGUAAUGAUGAAGAUGAUGAUGAUGAAGGACUUUUGUGGUUGGAAGAGAUGGGAGUUCAAGACAAAAUUAAAAAACCUGAUACAAUUUAUAUCCAACUCCAUAAAGAGAGAAAUGAGGUACAGAUGGAUCACAAGCCUGAAUCUGUGGUGUUAGUGAAAGGAACAAAUACAUUCACCUUGCUAAACUUUUUGAUGAACUGUAAGAGUUUGGUGGCUUCUGCAGGUCCUCAAGUCGGUCUCCCUCCAACACUGCUGUCCCCAGUUGCUUUUAGAGGUGCGACGAUGCAGAUGCUUAAGGCACGAAGCAUAAAUAUAAAAGCACAAGUCCGUUCCCAUUACAAAGAUGCAUUUAGCUUGGAGAUUGUGGGUCCUAUCAUGCCUCACUCUCUACAUUCUUUGUCCAUGCUGCUGCAGUCUGCUCAGAAUGGAUCUUUCUCAGCUGUGUGUUAUACACAUGAACCGACAGCAGUCUUCAAUGUGGACAUCAGCAAUGAACAGAACAUUAAAAAGGAAUCCCUUGGCAAAGACCUUUGCAAUUGUGGAUUACACCCUAACACCUUGAAUCAACUUGCCCUUUGUCCAACACUAGGAAAGUCUUCUAUAAGGAUCCUUGAAGUCAGAGAUUAUAGCUACACAUGGAAAGUCUGAGCAAUUUCAGUCAAUGAAGAAUUGCCAUUUAAUAUUUCUUGAAAUACUCUCUGCUGCUAUUCCUGUAACAUUUAGUAAUGUUGAAGACUAUAAUCCCAAUGGGUGGGUGAGCUUUUUGUAAAUUGAACUGAUAAAGCUGUUGUGCAUAGUUCAAUCCAAUACAGCUCUUUUUUUAAAAAAGUUGUAACAUUUUAAAGAUUUUAAAUUAAACUUUGUACUUAAAAAAUCUUGUGUAUUUUUAUGAUGGAAACUGUAAAAUUAGUAACUCACUUUAUAGAAGAAAUGGCCAAAUACAAGGCAAGGACAAAAAUUUCUGAUACUGUUUGUGGGCCAGGGAAGUUAAAGCAGUGUCAAACUGGAUUAUUUCUGCAGUGUGUUUUGGCCCAAAGUCAUUUAUGCACAUUAAUGUUUUAAAGUAGAGGGCAACAUAUCACAUUGUGAAAAACAGCACUGAAGCAAUGGCUGAAUAGUGGAGUAUGGCUUUUGCAUGAAUUUAUUAGUGCUUGUCCAAGUGGUAAUCUUCACAGCAAACUCCAGUAAAAUUCAAGAGCAUACAUUUAAAAAUCCAGCUCAAAUAUUUUAAAGAUAAUUGAUUUUUAUAUCUUGCAAGGCUAUUAUCUGAAGCUUCAUCUGGUAUGACUUCAUUAUGUUCACAGUUCUGUAUCCUACACUUAAAAUUGUGUUGACUGUUUUGUAGUGCACAUCAUUAACAUUCAUGCUAUGCAACUUUUAUUAAAAUCACCAUAUGAGCAGUACUCCUUCAGGUUGUUGAGGUCACAGUACCAAAAUUAUUCAUGAAAACUACCUGUUUUACAUUUUUAUAAACACAUCCUUGGGUCUACUAAAUUGGCCUGUCAGAAUUUUAUGUAGUCCCAUAUUUAUGUGAGCUAAAUAAAUGUUGACUUUUCUUUCUACCAUAACUAUUAAUUGUUGCAAUAAGGGCAUAAUUGUAA